GAAAUCUGCCUUCCGUGGCGUGGAGUUCCCCGCUAUGGAGUGUUUCGGCGUGCGGCGGCCAAAGGGAUCCUGAAGAAACACGGAAUGCUGUGCAGCAUUACAGAAGAGGGAGGAAGACGGAACCAGCAGGCGGCGGCGAGACCGAAUGGCUUCUCCGGUGCUGCCUUCGACAAGGGACGGUGAUAAGACGCCACGUUCUCCCGCCGCCCUUGAACGCCUCGCCGCUGUGCUGCACGCCCGCAAACUGAGCGAAUCAACAGGAGGGGGGUCCCUCGGGGACGGCGGCGGCUGCCACCCGGCCCGGAGCUGCCGUGACCGGUGUCAUUCGGCUGCGAGGCGUGCGGAGGUCAAACUGCGUCCGUUCGGGGAGGAGAAAGUGCGCGUGUGCUGUGACGAGGAAUUGGAGACAUCUUUCACCUACAUAGAUGAGAACGUCAACCUGGCAAUCGGCAGCCCAGAGACGAGCUGUAAAAGUUCCCUCAGAGCGGCGCGCAACUGCGAGCCGUGCUCAGAGACGGUACCGGAUUUUUCUUUCAUGUCCGAGGAUGAUCUGUCCUUUGGGGAGGCCUCAGGUUCAUCGGUGGACUAUUGGUUCAUAAGCGCGGUCACAUUUUUGGUGACCGGCAUCUCCUUGGUGAUCAUCUCCUACACCGUGCCCCGGGAUGUGGUCGUGGACAGGGACAGUGUCUCGGCCAGGGAGAUGGAGAGACUGGAACUGGAGAGUGCUCGCGUUGGAGCUCACCUGGACCGGUGCGUCAUAGCAGGAUUGUGCUUGCUCACGCUGGGCGGGGUUGUGCUUUCCACUCUGCUCAUGAUCUCCAUGUGGAAAGGAGAGAUGUACAGAAGGAAAGUCAUUGCCUAUUCCAAACGUUCCGCCAAAAUGUACGGUUCCAUCAGCCUGAAAACUAAAUCCAGUCCCAGUCACUCCUCUGCGCACUUGUCCCUGGAGGAUAUAGUGGAAAGUUUGAACUAGCAAUGCACAGUAUUGGGCUUCACUCAAAUUGUCAUUGGACGUGCAAGUCUGCAAUAUUUUAGUUUAGGAUCUACACAAAUGGCAUCAUGAUAGCCUACUAAUCCUUUUCUAUACCACUUGUCUUUAUUGGGGUUGAGCUGGAGCCUGUCCCCGCUGAAUUUGGACAGGAGGCGGGGUCCACCCUAGACUGGUCAUCAGCCAAUCGCAGUCACUGCGUCAAAGUUUGUGCUAUCCCUUUACAUGUAAUUCCCAGAUUAUAAUACUCAGUCCUUUCUAUUUAUCCUUUACUAAUCGGCGACAAUGUAAAUGUCUCGAGAGAGGACAAGAAAACAGGUUUGCUUCACAAUGAUGUCUAUAUGGCAAUUCUGCAACUCCACACCAUAUUGUGUUUUGUGUGUGUGUGUGUGUGUGUGUGUAAAAUGCAUUCAGAAGUAUGAAAAAAUGCUAAUUCAAUUCUGUGUGAUGUAUACUGUGAGGUCCAAAAGCAUUUGGACAAUGGCAGAGUUCAGCAACAGGAAGUACUCUACAUAACACAGCGAUAGUUGCUAACUGGUAAAUGCCAUAUUUUUGCAAAGCCUACGUACUUUAAGAACAUCUUGUAUCCAUCCAUUGUCUAUACAGCUUGUCCUCAUAGGGUUGCAGGUGAGCUGAGGUACACCUUGGGCAUGUCGCCAGUCAGUCGCAGUGCACAUAUAGACAAAAAAAAAAAAACAUUCACGCUCACAUUCUCAACUAUGCACAAUUUCGAGUCUUCAAUUAACGAAACAUGCUAACAUAGCAUGUUUUUUGGAGUGUGGGAGGAAGCCAGAGUACCCAGGGAAAACCCAUGCAUGCACAGGGAGAAUAUGAAAACUCCACACAGGAAAGCCAGAGAUGAGAUUCGAACUGAGACCUCAGAACUGCAAGGCUGAUGUCCUUACCAUUAAACCUUUCAUAACCUCCUAAUAGUUUCAUUUCAAAUGCAUUGUUGUGGUGUGGAAAGAUAAAGUCAAAAACACUCUGCCAUUGUUCACAUACUUCUGAAGCUAACUGUAUAUCACAGCACUUUAAACACAAUUUAAAUAUCAAAUGGUAUUAGUUUAACACAGGUACGGCUCUGAUUGAAUUAAUGCCACAUCCCAUUUUCAUUCUGGCAAUUGUAGAGCAUCUUUAUGUUCCGUGAAAGAUGUUAUAUAAAUCUUAACUAUUAUUAUCAAGGGGUACAAAGGACUUGAUAGAAAGGUGCCGUUAUACCGAACUUGACUGCUUCUUUUGACGUGACCUUUACAACUAGGAAACCACCCGAGUCCGAGGUAGCUUUAUGGGUUAUAUUUCUGGAAAUUGCACCAUAAGAGAUAGACAUGCACUCCUAGUUUGCCCUUAUAACUGACAGGGGACAGAUUUUACAGUACAGCCAUGCUUCAAAAUAAACACUCCAUAGUAGACGAAUACAGUGGACCCCUGCUCACGGUUUGGCUCCCGGGGACUUAAGCCAUGCAAUGCAAACAUGGCUUAAGUAAAGGUAAUUGCAGCGUCAGUAUUACCACAUUUUUUUUCUUCAGUUGAAAGAAAGGAUGUGUCAAUUUGGAGAGAGGCAUUGAUUUCUUCAAGUGGAAGACCACACGGUGCCUAAUUGAGGCAAGGGGUCAAUUAGAGCAGAUGCUUCUCUUUGAGGAUACACAGUCAAUAACUUUGUAGUAUUACAUUGCUUAUAAGUGCAAAGUCCAAAGCUUACAAUAUUAGUGAAGAGCAUGCUAACAGCAACGUCACUGACACUGGAAUGCAUUUUGGUACACUGUAAAUCUUGGAGCACUUCUGUUUAUUAUUAAUGCUAUUUGUUCGUAAUGUGAAGGUUCUGAACCGCAAAAUCAUACACGGGCACAUUUCAAGAAGUAGCCGGAGUCCCCGGAGUGGAGGUGAGUCGGGCUUCUAAGAGGUCCACUCUGUGGGAUAGUCAGCUCAGUGGUGUGCAUGGUAAUAUCCAGUGGCAGUUCCUCUCUGGUGCAGUGCUGAGGUAAGCCAGUAAGCCCAGCUUUGUGCAUCUGAGCCAAAGCUCCAAGUCGCUUUGACUGAACUAAACAAUCUGACUGCAUUGGACAGCCCCGCCAUGCACGGCGCACGCUCCUCUGUUGUGUCUUAAUCAGCUCUUUUCCUUAUCUUUUCUUUCUGGAGAAUGCAUCAUUGCCUUCAGCCUUUUAUCACUGCAAAGCUGCAGCACAGUGUUUACACGGUCUAAUGUGUUGGAAUUGGGUCCUGGAUGAUGACAGCCAAAGCAUCAUUUGAUAGGUGAUUACCACUUUUCUCAGUGGAAUCUCUCUUUGUCUUCUCACUUGGACACACUAGAAUGGCAAUAUAAAUUGAACCAAAUUAAGGAAAUGCAGAGGAUAAGACUUUGCCUUGAAAGGUUCACCGAAAUUGUUUCUUAAAGAACACAAUCAGGUAAAAAAACAAAAAAAAAAAACUGACAGAAUGCAUUUUCUGUGUGAAAACAUACAAUUAUCUGAUAACAACACAAAUACCCCCCCCCCCCUCCCCCCACAUCACAAACAUGGCAUUCUCUCACGCACCCUCUCAUGUUUAGAUUCAUAUUUCAUGAGAAUAUUUUCCAGAAUUUUCAGAUGCAGGAGAAGAAUGGAGUUAAAUGGUCCCCAUAUUUUCUCUGUUUUACCUAUUGAUGCUGCUGCAAAUGGUGGCAUUCAUGCGUGCCAGCAGAAAAUAAAGAAUGCCACAAGAUGCCUCUGUUUGUGCGCGCGUGUGUGUGUGUAUGCCGUUUGGCUCAUAAAUCAUG